AUGUUGCAACUUUAAAUAACACAAAUCAUUUUCUUAAGUUGCAUGAGAUAAACAUAUAAUUAUCAAGCACUACUAUAACAUUGUGCAACUCCAAAAACAGUCGCAAAAAUUUUGCACUAAUGGCUUCUUUACCAAUGUCAUCUUCAUUUCUUGGCCAUACGACAGCAACUAUCUCCACCAAACAUACAAAAAGUGAUAAGAAAAGAGUGCUAAAAGUGAAUGCCUUUAAUAAGGAUGAAAAGAUUGUGACAAAAAUAGAGGUAAAAAAGAGCAGAGGAAGGAGGGAAUUGGGUUUUGCAUUGAUGGCAAUUGCUGCAAUUAGCUCAUUUGGAAGAGUUGCCAUAGCAGAGGAACCAAAGGCAGGGACACCUGAGGCAAAGAAGAAGUAUGCACCUAUUUGUGUCACAAUGCCAACUGCUAGAAUAUGUCAUAAGUGAAUUUCAUGCACGGGUGGAGCUAGCACUUUCUGGUUACGGAGUUGGCAGAAUUCAGUAAAUUUAGCACGGAUUUUAUAUUUGUGUUGAAAUAUCUAAUUAAUAUGUAUAAAUGAUUUAUCAAAAUUCUAUUAGCUUCCUUGUUUUUCAAAAA